AUGGAGACGAGGAAAAAGAGAAAGAUUGGUAACCCCAGUGCCAGCGCGAGCCCGGGCGCACCAGUCAUGAGUGCGUUUGCUUUGCGCCAACAUCUCUUAAAAUCCCAAAGCUCUCCCUCCGCCUCGCCUUCAGAGACCAAAAGGGCAACAACCACCAAAGUUAGCAAUAUCAAGGAUGCUGCAAACCCGGAGGUUGUUCUUGUAGACUCUGAAAGUGCACCAGAAACUCCUGCAAGUCUUGUGCCAUCCCAAGCCUCUUCUCACGCAAGUCCAGAAAUCACAAAGGUGGAUGAGCCAACAGCGUCUUCCAAACUGGUCUAUUUUUCGAGUUUCAAGGCAAGCAAGCAGAAUUUCCAGCGGAAACCCCACGGCAUUUCUGUGCUCAAACUGUCCGAAGGCGAGCGCCUCGUAAUACUCGGAAGUUAUGGCCUUAGAGUAAAAAAUGGCCUGAUAAGUAUUGCUGGCGCAACAUUACAAGCGCGCAGCGGCGUCACCUGGAUUCACUCACCUCACUGCCAUGCGCUCCCGGUAAUUCGAUGCUCGGAAGAUGUCACCCUCGAGCUCUGUCCCCACCCGGCCGCUAGCGACUUGAGAGAUCUAGGCAGGCUGUCUCCCAAGUUCGAGAAGCUGUGGAACGAUGCAGCUGCUGAAGAGUUGCCGAAUAAGCCCAAGGCUUCUACGAGGCCUUCAUAUAUCAUACUAUACACCAACGAAGAUGGCCCGAAGUCUGCUCCUCUCCAAGAACUUGCGUCCUUGGCAGAAUGGAACAAGAAGCUUGCAUCUAUAGUGGCCGCUUCCAGGAAGUCAGAGUCAAUGACCAUCCUCAUCUGUGGUCCAAAGUCUUCCGGCAAGUCUACCUUUGGUAGGCUACUGGCGAACCGUCUUGUCACGGAAACAAACAGACGGAACGACCAGCCACAGCCCGGCGUUGCGAUCCUAGACAUUGACCCAGGGCAGCCUGAAUUCGGGGCCCCAGGGGUUUUAUCGCUAGUCUAUGUCGAAGCCCCGAACCUCCAGCCUCCCUUCUGUCACCCCUGUCUCUCAACAUCAGGACGCAGUCGAACAAUACGAAGCCAUUCCAUAGCAGCAAUUUCGCCCAUCACUAACCCCGAUCAUUAUACUGAAUGUGUCCUCGACCUGUAUGCAACAUACGCAACCAAGCUUCGCCGCAAGUGCCCUCUAGUCAUAAACACAUGCGGCUGGGUCCAGGGAACCGGACUAAACAUCAUCACCGAACUCAUUGACCGGGUCUGCCCGACCGAGGUUGUUUAUAUGUCCAAAGAGGGCCCCGAGGAAACCGUUGAGGCUCUAAGAGAGGCUUGUCUGAACAAAAUGCCUCUGGUGCUCAUGCCAUCUCAAUCUAGCAAGUAUACAGCAAGGACAGCUGCAGACUUGCGUAUGAUGCAAAUGAUGUCUUACUUCCAUGUCGAUCAGCCAGCAUCUACCCCAGAGUACCUUCGCUGGAACGCGAAUUUGUUGGCAGCCAUUAAGCCUUGGGCUGUUCAAUACGGCGGCCAAGAUCGUGCAAUCCUUGGAAUCAUGUGUUACGACUAUGAGCCUACAGCAGACAUGCUAGCUCCUCUAAUAGACGGCAUGAUUCUAACAAUGGUUGAAGUGGAGGAUAUGGCUGCCUUUCGAGACAUGUCAGCCACAGCCGGGCAGAAUCAUGGCCACGAGAUGGAGGUCGAUCAUGAUCCAAACAAUAGUUUUGCCAAGCCAUUCAAUAAUGUUCCGGUAGUCUGCACUCCAGAGGGCUUGCCAUUUAUACAAAAUCAGAAGGGAAUAACCCUUGACCCUCGGCAUUCUCGCACCGUCGGCCUCGCUCUCGUCAGGGGCAUUGAUGAGAAAAACCAAAGACUACAGCUGCUCACGCCAGUCCCAGAGGAGAGGAUCUCGGAGCUCAACACUGGCAGAAGUCGGGUCGUUCUUGUCUGGGGGAGGCUGGACGCUGCUCCGACCUGGUCGUACGUUGAGGAACGCCAUGAACAAGAUGUCCAGGCUAGGACAAAGCAAUCCAGUGCUGAUGACGUUGAGGCAGAAGAAAGUGGACCAGGACGCCUAGGCAGCAACGAUGAUAGCUUGCCUUGGGUCGAGGAAUUGCAAGCAAAUCAGAAAAGAUCAGUCGGUCAUAAGGCACUCAGGGUACGAAGGGAUCUCGGUCGCAGUUCUAAGGGCAACUGA